GAUCUCUAUAAUAAUAAUAUCACCUCCUCACAAUGGCCCUCCCCCCAGAACAAAUAAACAUCAAACGCCGCCGCGAAGAAGAACCAGUGGAAACACUUUAUAUCCAAUCUGAACUCCACCAAACAAAACGCCGCUUCACAGACUUCGUCUUCCAACGAGUCACUAUCAGUGGCAAAGAUGGGUCCCGUGUUGGUAGUGAUGGCGACGCUGGUCAGGAGUCAAGUAGUUCCUCGCCAGCUAUCCCGCCGCCAGGAAGAGUCUUGAAGACGCCAAGGUCGGUGAGUAGUUUGAAGGUUUCCAAGGGGGCAGGGAGGAAUCCCUUUGCUGGUCUGGGUAUUGGGGGUGCGAGUGGGAAUGGGAGUAGUGCUGGUGGUGCUGGGGUGCCGUUGGUGAGGGCUACGUCGCCGGGUGCGGAGUUUCGGGAGGAGAAGCGUCUUGCGGCGGCGAGGAAGGAGAAGGAGGAGAAGAUUAAGAGGGCGUUGCAUUCGUCUGCGACUGCUCCUGUGCCUGCACCCGCGGCUGGACCUGCGCCUGCGCCUGCGCCCGCGCCGGCGAAAACUGGGUCUGAAUCUCCUGUGCCUGCGAGUCGUAGUGGGAGUGGGCGUGCUAGUCCGGCAUCUGCUGUAUCUUCAUCUGAAAAGGGGGCAGGGAAGACGGGCGUAUCCGCGUCAGUACGCCGCUUCCAGAUCUCGCGGUCCGUGGAUCUCCGUCGGAGUGUCGAGGGGGGCAUCCAGAAGCGAAAGGGUCAAUCAGGUGAUGCCGUGGCGGUUCUGGUUGAGAAGUUAAGGGGCAAGUCGCAUUCGCGAAAGGCGUCGAUGGUGGUGGAUCAUUUAUCCCAGGUGGGUGAUGGUGCGAAAGCUGCUGUUGCUGCUGCCGCGGUGGAAGAGCCCGCGCGGCCUAGGAAACGGCCUGUCGUGAACCAGGCUGAGAAGAAGUGGCGAGAGGAGAGGAAAAAUGCGAUUUCCGCUGCGAAACAGAAUAUCUCGCACGUAAUGGAUAAAGGAGAGGAUGAAUCGGAGCGGCUGGCACAGCAAUUUGAACAGAUUGCUCUGGAGCUGGAUGGAGAUGGUGACAGUGUGAUCAAAGAUACAGAAAUGAGCGCAGCACCCGCACCAAAAACCUACCCAACACAACCAAAGCCACCACUUAAAUACCAACCCCGAACACCAACCAAGGCCCGUCCAACAGAGACAAAAACACCUUCAAAACCACCCACCGAACACAAAACCGGCGAAGCAGUCGAAACCGACUCAGACAGCGACGAAGACUACGUCUACGACGUCUACAUCCGCAAACCCCUCCCAGAAGCCGGCCUCUUCUCCAACCCCCUCACAGACCUUGAAACCGACCAAGACGCGUGGUUCCGCCAGAACGGCAUCGACACGACACGCCAGGACAUUGGUGUCAUCGUCAUUACGCAGGAAGAUGAAGGGUACUGGGAGAACUUUGUCGAGAGUGAUGAUGAUGAGGAGUGGGAUGAUGAGGAUGCGGAUUCGAAUGCGGAAAAUAACCCCGCAAACGACUACCCUGACGAAGAACUCUCCUGGGACGACGAGGACGACGACCCGUCAGCUGUGUAUGGGAGGUAUCGCCAUAACGCAGUUUCUGAUGACGAGGAAUUUGAAUUUGAUGAUUCUGCGAGUGAGGCGUAUGGUGCGAGUAGUAGGAGGUAUGGACGGUUUGGGUAUACGCAGGAUUAUUCGGAUGAUGAGGAUGGGUAUUAG